UCAUGUGUGCCCCUCACCAUAUGAAAGCCCUUGCUCAUUCUCAUCCAGCUGCCCCUCACCCAACACCCCCUCGCUGACACCCUCCGAGACGUGGGCCGCUAUCAUACGCUCCACACCCGUCAUCAGCCUCUCUACAUCGACACCACCUUCAUGCUCCAACUCGUAGGUCUGCGCAGAUGUCUGGACAGACAAAAAGCGAUGAGUACUGUCAGCAAAGGCUUCACAGCAAGUUUUUUCGCCUACCGAGCGUGGCCUGCCGUGUCUUUUCUUUUGUUUCGCAUUUUUGUAAGCCGCAUAUAGCUCACGCCAUCCACCAAUGUGCUCAUGCGUCUCAAGAACGUCAUCUGUGCCAGUGACCGAUUGCACAAAGCUCUUGUCUUCUUCUGAAAGACAGGACGACACACCCGAAAAUGCUUGGUCACUAUUGUGAAACCCACUUGCAACGUUGCGCCCGGAUGGACUUCUGACUUUCGGGCUCCUUGUGCGCUUGCUGAGGUGGAUAUUCUCUUCGUACAUGUUCUGGAACGUGACCAACUUGUCCACGACAAGCAGCAGUUUUGACUUUGAAAUGAAGACACACAUAUACCCACACAAGCUGUGUGGACAAGAAUGCGGGAGUGCGUGUACCGCGUCUCCACCUGUAGGUCGUGCAAUGUCAUGCCGCUCUUGGCACAGUCAGCCGCAGACCUUCAUUCACCGAGGCAGCACCCAGCGACUGCACGUUGCUUCUCCAAUGCAUGUGACUCUGUGCUGACCUUUCAGAAGCCACGAAGGAUUUGUCAGACUCCGCGAGAUCCCUUACCCAAACAGAGCCUCGCCUCGUUUCCAUUGUGCUCUGCUGACACAGAUGGCUGUACGAGCUUUGGAUGACCGGGCGCUCCUGGAUGGCGACUGUGUUCACGGACGAGACCAGAGAGACACGCAAUCCGAUUUCUGCCAGCAUUCUUCUCUCUCAGCUUACUAACCGUCCCACGGCUCAUCGCGCCAAAUUCUUUCGAAUUCCCGUCGCUCAGUCUGAAAAGUAGGUCAACCAUAGCAGUGUCACUCCAUUCACUCCGCUUGUCUCACUUCCUUCUUCAUGUAUGGAGAGUGGAGGACAAAGCAAUAGGACCACAGGAAAUCUAAGAAGUCCGGCGGGACCUGACACGAUCGAUCGAGAUGCCGAGCUUUUGGAUCACACAGAUUUUGUAUCGGUCCCUCUGACCUCUUUGAUUUGCAGCAGGUCGACGGCUUCUUGCAUAGCCGCAGUCAACAUCCGCAUCACCAACUCACGCUUUCUUGCAAUCCACCACUCUUCGGCGCGUGAUUUCGCGAAGCGGACGACGCCAGAGAGUCUGUCAUGCUGCUUCUUGCCGUGAAUGACAAUCUCAGGUGAUGAAGCAGUGUUGUGUGACAUGUUGUCGGUGGCAGGCGGCUCCAUCAGCGAGAAUUUGCCGGUGUUCCAAUCUAGCCACACCUUGCCGAGCCUCAUGCGUCGUUGCUCCUCCCUCCCUGUGUGCCACUCCAACAGCUGUCUCUUGAGCCGGGAUAAGCAUAAGGCGAUGGACUUGCAGUAAAGCACGGAGGAAGCAAGCACGGGGGCCUCUCGUAGGGAAAGUAGGGAAGAAAAGGCAGUCAAUACAAAAAUGGGCCUGAAGGUGAGGGCAUCCUUGUUUUCAGCAACUUGUGAGAGGGCAGAGCGGAAGAUAAGGGACAAGAGACUGAAGUAGUGAUAGAGGUUGAGGAGCAUGGCCAGCAUCAACAUCGAGACGUUGAUGUACACUGCAUCUCCGCCAUUCACAUCUCUGGGGGACAGUGCACGUGGCACAUGCAAGGGCAU